AUGAAUUUAAAGGCAUUUUCGGGUGCAUUAUGGAAUGCCACAUCAAUGCUUAAUAAAGCCUUAAAGAGUAAGUCAAUUCCAGUUAGGGAAAAAGGAAGACAUCCGUAUAGAUUAACAAGUGGUAUUUCCGGAAGAGUUUCUGAUGCUAAUGUUCAACUUCGGCACUACUUCGAUGCAGUUUGGACAUUCGAUAAAUUGAAAAAUUCACGGACUUGA